AUGCCUGUCCUUUCAGAACCAUAUGCCCAUGCGGCCAUGGGUGCACCAUAUAUCCUGCUCGCUUUCGCAUUGCUCGGUAUAUGCUCUUUCGUCAUGAGAAGAAGACGAUCAAGCGCGACCCCAACGCAGGCUCCUAUAUUCUCAGAAAAGGAUGUAGAAAUUGCCCAAUCCAGAGACGGGACGGACAGCAUAGCAGAGAGGGACAUCUCAUCAGUGGUUGAGCAUACGACAGUUCGCAUUCAGAGACCUCCCCAGCCGCUGCCAUUCACACCACCUAUGCCUCUGGUUGCAACACAAGAUCUCAAUUUCGGCAUGGGUGAGAAUGCUUCGUACUACGAUUCUCCCGUCUCUGAUUCUCCCAUCAUCUCUACAUUUGAUUCCUUCGAGGCGGGAGGAACGGAAUUGCCAAGACGGAGAAGCUACACGAAGACUACUGCGGGGGGAGUGGAGGUUCAGGGAGAGGUAUUGAUGGCCGAGGGAUGGAGACGCCAUACCCGGGUAUUUGGAGGAGGAGUCUGCAUCGCGUGUGAGGAGUCCGAGAGACGGAUGACCGCCUGA